GGCGAACUGUCAAUCACACGGUCUCGGGAGGGUUGGAACCUGCUGUCGACGCUGAUAAACUGAUACCGUGGGAAAGCAGGCUGGAUUUGCAACACUGCAGCUAACGCGACUCGCAGAGUAGAAAGGGUGUUCGGCGAGAGCGAGCUAAUUAAUAAUGAAGAGAUCUGUUGAAUUCAGCUCCUCGGACAGUGAACUAGACAUUGAAGAUGAAAACGGGAACAAGAAGGAAUCCAAUCCCGGGAAACCGGCAACUUGCUCCCAGAACCAGGCACGAAAGAAGAGGCGUGGAAUCGUCGAGAAGCGCCGCAGAGAUCGCAUUAACAACAGUCUGUCGGAACUUCGCCGGCUGGUUCCCAGUGCUUACGAGAAACAAGGAUCAACAAAACUGGAAAAAGCUGAAAUACUGCAAAUGACAGUCGAUCAUUUAAAAAUCCUCCACACGAGCAGCGGAAGAGGUUAUUUUGAAACUCCAGCAUUUGCCACUGAUUACCGGAUCCUGGGAUUUCGGGAAUGCUUAUCUGAAGUUGCCAGAUAUCUUAGCGUGACUGAGGGAUUAGACCAUUCUGACCCUUUGAAGACUCGCUUGGUGUCACAUUUAAACACAUGUGCAUCACAGAGGGAAGUUGUGACAGUCGAGUCAAGCCAUCAGCACUGGAGUGCAGGCUAUCCUCACCAGCCUGCACUGACCUCUUUAUCUCAUUUCAGAGCUGAAGUUCUUGCAGUUAUGAUGAAGGGUCUCGGACCUGAAAUACUAGUUCUGUUUGUCUUUCCGCAGAUGUUGCCAGACCUGUUGACCUACUUUCCAACAGAAAAUCAACUUUUUACUUGCAUUAAACUGUAUGCUGAGGCAACAAGGCGUCUUGGUUCAGCUUCCAGUAAUAGCUCCUGUGGUAGCUCGGAGCAUAUUGGAGAAGUGAUUCCACACCACCCAGGAUUACCAAAGUCUGCAUCGGGCCAAUGGUGA